CGAUGAAUGAACAUAGUAGAGACCUCAUCAAGAGGGCUUCGGAGACGGAGGCUAACUUUGACAAUCAUUUCUUUGGGAGCUCCAAUUCGUUCGGCAGCUUGUUUUCUUUGGCGCUUGCGCGACAAAAUAGUAGCUGCGGGAGCUUGAAUGCGUUACUUUCAGAGCUCGGGAACGCGUCGUACGCUUCUCAAAAUGUCCUGUGCUCUGCCGCAUCUGUGAAUCGCCCUCUCGUGCCGGAGAGCUCUACACAAAGACCCACAAGUAUGGCAAACUACCAAUGGAACAAUCCUGUUGAUCCUGUGCAAUCACAUUCAUACGUCCACCAACACAAUGAGGGCGUCGAUGCACUCUUGGGCUUGUCAUCGGUAGGGGUGAAGCGUAUGGGCUCCUCCUCAUUACCGGUAUCUGCCUUGCAUCAAAGACAGCACGAGAGCCUUUCAAGUACCAAAUUCCAAAAUUCUUUAGCAGAACCCAUGCCCAAGAAGCAACGUCAUGAGUUAGCGUCGUUUGGCCCACACUUAUCAGCUGGCCCGACUGCAACACGGCGGAAAACCGAUCUUUUCGAAAGCCUUGGCAACACGAUCAGCCCCGACGUUUCGAGGCGGAUGGUUCAAGCGGAAACACUGUCUAUGUCACACCCAAUACCUAGCAUGACACGCCUUCAGGAUCUCAUGACCCAAUCCAACAAAACUCGAGAGGCUCUGAAGGCUCUAUCAAGAGAGCAGCAAUUGUUAGAGCAGCAGCUAGAAAGGAACACUUGCGACUUUCCCAAAUUCGCUUCUUUCACCACAUCGCUACAAUCGCAAUGCAACCAAACAGCAUCAUUCAAUCAGCGCCAGCUCUCGCAGAACAUCAACUGUGACAAAAUAUGGAGUUGCACGAAUCAAAACAAUGGGAAUGAAUACGUUCAUGUAGUGAAUUUAUCAAAAUGUAAGGCAAUGGAAUUGGGGCCGUCCAGCAACAAUCAGACUAUUUGGAAUUAUCCUGCGAUGGAGAGAUGAAUCCAUAUUUGUUUACUGGGGAGGCAAAGAUUGUAGAUCCCUUAGAGUAUUAAGCUACAAAGCGCCUUU